UGCGAUGGACUGUGGGAUAACGUGGCGUGUUGGCCAGACACACCAGCCGGUCAGACAGCCGUCCAACCCUGCCCUCCCUACGUCAAGGAAUUCAGGAAAGAUGCCAAUGCCACACGACAGUGCACAGAGGACGGCACUUGGUACUUUCUUCCAGAAACCAACCAGGCCUGGUCCAACUACAAUUUCUGCAGUAAGGUCGAAGAAGAAACGUUCAACGUUAGUUUUAAUGCAGUCUACUUGAGAGUUUUGAAGCAAGUUGUGAAGUUCGGUUACGCUCUAUCAAUGGUUGCACUCUUCCUGGCAAUCUUCAUCACUCUCUACUUCAGGUACUUGCGCUGUCCUCGGAACAUCUUGCACAUCAAUUUGUACCUCUCCUUCAUCGUCAGAGCUUUCACGAACUUCCUCAAAGAGAUGCUUUUCUUCUCGGGAAUGGGACUCCGCAAGGAUUUCAUCCACUGGGAGUGCAAACUGCUGAUGAGCCUGUUCAACUACAGCAUAGUAGCCAACGCCAUGUGGAUCUUCGUCGAGGGCCUCUACAUUCACACCCUCAUAUUUUUCGAUAUUUAUGUAGAAUCCAGUCAAAUACAUUGGUACAUUGCGUUAGGCUGGGGAUUAUCAUUGUUGGUCAUCAUUCCAUGGGUAGUUACAAAGGCGCUGUUGGAAGAUGUUCUCUGUUGGAAUGUUCACUCUGACUCAACAUAUUUCUGGAUCAUUAGAGGGCCUGUCACAAUCUGCUUGGUGUUAAGUUUCAUAUUCUUCCUGAACAUCAUCAGAGCUCUGUUCACGAAGCUGAGGAACAACUCGUCUGAAUCGCGGAACAACCAGCACAAAACAUUGGCUAAAUCAACUCUACUGCUGAUCCCACUGUUUGGCGUUCCAUACGUCAUUUUUCUUUGGAUGCCUGACAAAAUCCCCGAUGUCCUGGACACCAUAAGAAUCUGCUUCGAGUUGACCUUCCACUCGUUCAACGGCUUUCUGGUGGCGCUGCUCUUCUGCUUCCUAAACACAGAAGUGAGCCACUAA